GAAAAGACCACGUCACGUGCUCCUCUGCCGCCAAGAACGACUUCCCACAGCAGGGUACAUUUUCGGCAUUCAUGCUGGAUUGAAUUUCUUUUCGCACCACCCACACAACACAGUCGCCGGAGCGCAACAUUCAAUCAAUUCUACUAUCGGACCUAGUAGAGCGCAACGAUGGCACCAAAGAAGGCCAAGAAGACAACUGACAGCAUCAACUCGCGCCUGGCGCUUGUGAUGAAGUCCGGCAAAGUUACUCUGGGCUACAAGUCAACUCUCAAAUGCCUUCGAUCUGGGAAAGCUAAGCUGGUCAUCAUUGCCGGCAACACUCCUCCUCUCCGCAAGAGCGAACUUGAGUACUACUCCAUGCUCUCAAAGACGAACGUCCACCACUUUGCUGGAAACAAUAUUGAAUUGGGCACUGCUUGCGGAAAGCUGUACCGCUGCUCCACUAUGGCUGUUCUUGAUGCUGGUGACUCUGACAUCCUCGGUGCCGCUUCAUAAAUACCAACUUUGGACGCAAGUGCAUGUUGAAAGAGCCCGUGCGCUCAAUGUCAUGAUAUCCUGGCCAUCGAAGGCGCAGAAGGCAAGACAUGAUGAAGCCGUCCCAGAAAAUGUGCGCCCAUUGCCGGGUUGGGUAUUGGCUGCAAUAUCAACACAAGAUAGAGAGUGGCCUCUAGCUCCAUAAGUUCAGAAGAGCAGCUUAGAGAAUGGAAUACCGACCUAUCUGCCCGUG